GAUAUCGACAACUCGGAUCUUGACGCGUAGGUGCUGUUGUCGGAUGAGCGAAAGGUCGAGAGCGCUCGAGCCCUGGGACGUUGGAUUCUGCCAUAUUUGGAGGGCAUUUUGAUACCCUUUCCUUCGAGGAAGAGGAAGAUACGAACCUCCUCCGGGCUGAAGGGUUCCGACUUUUCUUGAGCUACGGAGGCGGGAGACGAGAUUUCUUAUUGGGUAAGCUUGAUUGGGUGAACCAAGGAACAGCCGUGGUUCAGAUAAGUUUCUCGCUCUCUUCUCCGAAUGAUUUGCUGUCCCUUUCGUUGAUUCUCGUGGGAAAGAUUGGAUCUUUGGAUGCAAGAUUUGAGUUGAGAGGAUCUUUCUGAUGGUUCUGGUGGGUUAGACAGAGAGAUUUGACUUUUAUCCUGGGGCUAUAGGUCUUUUACCUCGUUCUUUGGGUGAUUGAUGAAAACCGUUCGUUUCAAUAGGAUCCCAUUCGCUGCCUUGGCGCGUCGUCGAACAUUUUAAUCUGUAUUUUUUUUUUCCCUAUUGGUGAUAUACGUUUUCUUAAAACAAUAGCAAUCAAAAGAAAAUAACUGAUUGGAAAAAGAUUUAGGAAUUGGUUAUUCUUGUGAAAUAGAAAUGGGCAAGCCACCGGCUAAGAAGAAGAGUUCGGGGGGUAAACUGAAUGAUGCAACCUUGAAGCACUGCAAAUCCUGUGAUUAUAGCUCGAAGGUCUUCGAUGAGGACACCACAAUCUUCAUGGACAUGGCUCGUGAUAUGAAAGAGGAGGGCAACAAGUUGUUCCAAAAGCGGGAGUACGACAGAGCGCUAAUGAAAUAUGAGAAAGCCAUCAAACUGCUUCCAAAGAACCACAUUGAUGUUGCGUACCUCCACAGCAACAUGGCGGCUUGUUAUAUGCAGAUGAGCCCUGAGGAGUACCACCAAGCAAUCAGCGAAUGUAAUCUCGCCCUCGAGGUCUCACCCAAGUACGGCAAAGCUCUCCUGAAGAGGGCCAAGUGUUUUGAAGCAUUGAACAGGUUGGAAUUGGCCUGUAAAGACAUUGAUCUAGUUUUGAGUUUGGAGCCAAACAAUCUCACGGCAACGGAGAUUUCUAAACGAGUGAAGGAGGAGAUGGAGAGAAAGGGCAUCACAUUGGAUGAUAAGACACUUUUUCCGCUCCCGGAACCUCUGACGGUGAAAGAGAAGCCAAAAAAGAAGAAGUGCCAUAAAUCAGAGGAGAAAGUAGUAGUUGUGGAGGAGAAACAUGCUAAAGUUAAAGAAGAACCUAUGAAGAGCAUCAAGUUAGUUUUCGGGGAAGACAUAAGAUGUGCUCAGAUACCAGCUAAUUGUACAAUGUUGCAGUUGAGAGAGAUUGUCGUUAACAAAUUUCCGAGCUUGAAGGCUGUCCUUAUCAAAUAUAAGGAUAAAGAGGGUGACUUGGUGACAAUAACUACAUCUGACGAGUUGAGGUGGGCGGAAGAAUCUUCGGAACCACAGGGGUCGGUCAGACUUCAUAUAAUAGAAGUUGAUCCUGAGCAUGAUCCUUUACUUGUAGAGGCAAAGAAAGAAUCUUCGAGGAAGCUGGACAGAAGCAUCUCUAGAAAUCGGAGCAUCAAAUGUGAUGACAUCAAGGUUUCUUCAGUCUGUGUUGAUGACUGGAUUGUGCAAUUCGCUCAGCUAUUCAAGAACCAUGUUGGUUUCAAUUCUGAUGCGUAUCUGAAUCUUCAUGAGUUAGGAAUGAAACUAUAUUCAGGGGCAAUGGAAGAGACUGUCACGAGUGAAGAGGCGCAAGAAAUUUUUGAACUUGCUGAGGAGAAAUUUCAGGAAAUGGCAGCUCUGGCCUUGUUUAACUGGGGAAAUGUUCAUAUGUCUCGAGCUAGGAAGAGGUUGUUCUUGUCAGAAAAUGCUUCAAAGGAAUCAAUGCUGGCACAAGUCAAAGCUUCAUAUGACUGGGCUCAGGGCGAGUACAUCAAAGCAGGACAGCGUUAUGAUGAAGCUUUGAAAAUUAAGUCUGACUUCUGUGAAGCUCUUCUUGCACUUGGACUGCAACAUUUUGAGCAAGCAAAGCUUUCAUGGUGUUAUGCAAUUGGAAGCAAGGCAGAUCUGGAGAAGUGGCCUUCAUCAGAAGUCCUAGAGCUAUUCAACCAUGCUGAGGAUAACAUUGAAAAGGGAACAGAGAUGUGGGAGGAGAUAGAAGAGCAGCGAUUGAAGGAACUUACUAAAGCCAAUGAGGAAAGAAUCUUAUUGCAAAAGAUGGGCUUGGAAGACUACUUCAUAGAGCUUUCGAAUGAUGAAGCCGCAGAACAGGCUUACAACAUGAGAGCUCAGAUAAAUUUACUAUGGGGAACCAUGCUUUAUGAGCGGUCUGUUGUGGAAUUCAAAUUAGGCAUUCCAAUGUGGGAAGAGUGCCUGAUGGCAGCAGUGGAAAAAUUUAAUCUGGCAGGAGCUUCUCCAACUGACGUUGCUGUUAUGAUAAAAAGCCAUUGUGCCAAUGAAACUGCCCAAGAAGGAUUUGGUUUCAAGAUCGAUGAGAUUGUUCAGGCAUGGGAUGAGAUGCAUGAUGCAAGAAGGUGGAUAAAUGGUGUUUCAUCUUUCAGACUUGAGCCUUUAUUACGUCGACGAGCUCCGAAGCUGCACCAUAUGUUGGAGCAUGCAUGAUUUAUAAAUGACUUUCUGCAUCAAUUCAGAUUCAAUGGCCAUUGUUGAGAACAGUAUAACUUGUAUUCCUGCCUAUUUUCUGCUUUGCACAUAGGUAGCCUCCCACUCUAAUUCAGUUAAUUUUUCAUCUCUAGAAUUACAUUCUUUGCUAAGGUGUUGUUAGCAUAAGUUAGCUAUACACCUUAUACACAUUCUUUUACAUACUUAUUAUAGGACAUGUUCUUCGUAUAUUGUUCAUUUUAUCUGCUUCACUAGAUUUUGCAUUUUAUUGUUGAAUUUCUUAUAAACUAUCUUAUCGUUGUUGUCUCUGGGGUUGCUACAUUUUGGUUCCUGUCUAGUUUGCAAUAUCGGCCACUAGUUUAUAGAAUUUCCUCUUAUUGUUAGUGCUAUUUUUCUUUUACAUUUAUUCAUAUCCAGAUGUCCAAAACGUAUACACUGUGCAGUUCAUGUGCAAAGGUAGACGAUAUAUAUAUAUUCAACACAUAUACCUACAUUGAUGUAACAACUGAGCUCAUAUAGAAUCAGAUCCGAGGAAUUGAAGGAACAUGCAUUACUAGGAUCUUGUUUUUUUAAAUCUUUGCUUUCAUAUAAAUGCCUUUUUUUGUGUGGUUGCUUUGUUCAUGCUCACAUCCAAUUUGCUUGUUGGAAAAUUGGAAAAAUUGGAAAAUCUUACCACAAUAGGUAGUGUGGAAAAAAAAAUUCUACAUGCUUAUAUAAUAAAGAUGAAUUUUAAAACAAAUGGUCUGUAUUGUUGCAUCACGCUAUAAUAUGCACUGAUAUGCUUGCAGACUGAUGAAUGGGACAUCGGUACACGCCAGCCUUGCCAGUAAUCUACCACUAUGAUAUCUGCAUAUGUAUUUGAUUACUGAUGCUUCAGCACCAACUUGGGUUGCCUAGUCUCUCUAUUUAUGUUUCUAUCUUUAUUUCUAGAAACCAUGAUAUUGUAUUCAUAGCUUUGCAUGAUCACCAACUUGGGUUGCCUAUUCUCUCUAUUUAUGUAUCGAUCUUUAUUUCUAGAAACCAUGAUAUUGUAUCCAUAGCUUUGCAUGAACAACGAAUGUUUAUGUUGCUUUAAGAGUGCCUCUCCCCUCUAACAAACUUGGUUGCUGCCCUUUCAGGUUAUCUUGCUUGAUGCACUGUAAUAUUUGAUUGUUUACUUCUUGCAGAGAAGAGUUUGUUUUCUACAAUCAUAUAGCAGAAUUCUUUUUCCUUCCAUGUGCUGGGCUCUCGGGAGCCUAGUCAUGCAUACGACAAUUUGAUAAAUGGUGGUCGUGCAGUCUGACAUUUCCGUCAUCGUGCCCUCUUAGUAUUGGUCACAGAAGCUUUUUGUUAUUUUUUUGAGAGAGAAAACAUAAUAUACGGCAGUGCUCAUUGUUUCUCAUAUACAAGAUGAUUUGUUUUGUUUGUUUCCAUAAUGCUUUUGUGUAUGUAUUAAACAGACAAGUUAUAUUAUUAUCAGAAGUUUGAAACAGAUCAAAUUACUCUUGUAAUUAUUGUCUUUUUAUUUCCUCUCUUGCUGGGUAUCAUGGAUUUCAAGGCUUCUUUUAA